AAUAAUAGAUAUAACAGAAGUGUUACUAGUGAAUUAGAAUUCGGUCUGUUUUAAUUGCACCUGACGCAUCUGCUGAUUGUGCACAUGAAGUUCUAAUGAAGACUUUUCUAGAAACUAGAAGCUUCUCUGGUUCUAAACAUCAAGGCACAGUUAUGUUGGAUAGCACAUCUUAUUAGUGCUAUUUAUUAAUAACAAUGUUUUGUAAAACCAUAGGUUAUAGUUGUGCAUAAAAUAAAAUAUUACAAGCCGACACCCAAUCAGUUGCUCUGAGUUCGUAGUCGUCACGCCUUGUUAUUACAAGGGUGUGCAAUCGAUAGUCGAAAAACUUACCAGUCCAUCUGAGGUUGCCUGAUACCUUGUGAAGAGUGAACAUGCCUUUGAAUCAGUUGUUUUUACGGACAGCAACAGUCAGUAGGGCUGUGACCAGGUCUGCAUUCACAGCCUCAAAACGGGACACCGUCAACCCAAACUGGUUUCGGGUGGGGCUUGCGUUUGGAACCUCUGCAGUACUUUGGGGCCUGCUCAUCAGGCAACACAGUGUCGAUGUCGCGGAGUACAAAGCUACCCAAGGAGCGGAGUGAUGCCUGCAAUGUUGCAGUCUACAAUGGGAACACCUGGUUGAUCUUCUAAAUAUGCCAUGGACUCCCGAAUGACCUGUGUCCUCAACUGUAUAUUUUGUUGGUGUUAAAAUAUGAGUGUCUGUCAGUCAAAGUGUGUAAUAAAAACAUUUAUGUAUUGAUA